GCACGCACUGAGGCGUGUGAGGCAUCAGUCAUCCUGUGAACACCAUCGAGUGAUCAUCUAUUCUGCUGUUCGGCCUGUCCUGUUUCUUAAGCUUUUGCGCUACACAAUGGCCGCUCACGGAAUCACCUUCACCGCCCUCCUCCUCGCCAUGGCCGCCCUCACGCACGCAGCCGACACCACCCACAAAGACGACGCACGACUUUUCUACGACGACAAAGACACCUCUCUCACCAUCGGCGCCGAGAGCCUUUUCUACAUCGGAGUCAUCUUCGUCGGCCUGCUCUUGCUCACGUCUUUCCUGGGGCUCUUCGGGACAACGGCCAAGGUUGCUCAGCCCUACGAGUACGCCCCCGCUACCGGUUACGGUGCCUCUGCCCCAGUUUACGAUGAGAAGACCACCUUCUCCGUCCAGCAGUUCAUUGAUGAUGCUGUCAACAAGUUCCAGUAGAGACUGCGAACAUAAAUAUCCGAGAUUCGAAUAUGUUAACAGAAUGAAGAUGCUGUUGUGAUAGUUAUUUUCACAAAAAAACUUCUGUGAUUUUUUCUCCUGGUCGUCACAGGAAAUAUAGAACCUGUGAUUGAUCUGUUGAUUUUUUGUUUCUUGUAUUCUAUUUAAUUUAUGGUGUAAAUAAAUCGUUUUGUUUA